CCGAUGAAAGCCCCGCUGCGGAACCCCCCCCGCCUUCUGGCAGGAGAAGGCCGGGUGCACCUCUCCGCCUCCAACGCACACCCGAGCUUCUCCACCCGCCUCGCAGCAUACCCGCUCAAACUCCUCUCCCCAAUUCCGCUCCCUUCACAGCCCUCAAACUUCGCCGUCCUCUACACUCUUGCCUAUGGCGGAGGCCUUGUGGCUGGCGAUCUCGUCAGUCUAAGCGUGGUGCUUGACCCGGGGUGUGGGCUCGUCAUGCUCACCCAGGGCACCACCAAAGUAUACAAGCGUCGUCCAGGCCUUCGCCCGCUUUCCCACUUGCAUACCUCUCCGCCAUCUUCAGACCCCAACCUCACACGCCAGAGGAUGCACAUACGUCUUUCCUCAUCAUCCUUCUUACUCCUCUUACCUGAAUCUGUUUCCCCCUUCCGCGCAUCUAUCUACUCCCAGACCCAGCGCUUCGUCCUUCCUGCAGAUAGGACGGCAUCAGUUCUCAUUCUUGAUUGGGUCAAUUCAGGCCGAGGGCAAAGGCCGCAAGAAGUUGAUGAGGAGAUUUGGAGCAUGGAUAGCUACGGGUCAACGAACGAGAUUUGGGUAGGAGAUGAGAGAAUCAUGAGGGAACGCAUGGUGCUCGAUAAUUCCCAUUUUGCUUUGAAUGCUGGCGGCUCUCUGUCUCCUAUCGCAAACCAACUGUCGCCAUACAAUGUCUACGCCACUAUUCUAAUCCUUGGUCCCCAUUUUACCACCCUUUUCUCGUAUCUCGCGUAUCUCUCCGAUCAUUCUCGGCAGUUCCAGCUGAAGGAGCCUCCAGGUUUGGCAUGGAGUUUUAGUGAGAUAGAUGGCAAGCUGCAGGCGGGAGUAGUCAGAAUUGCAGCAUGUGAAGUGGAAGAUGCUAGGAAAUGGCUGAGAGAAGUUAUGACUGCAGGUGGUGUUGCGGCUCUGGUAGGAGAGGGGAUGUGGCCGAGGUGUAUUUAGCUCCAAACAAAUAAUUGUUAUACUUCGGGUUGAGUGAUUUUUAAUUGUACCAAGUCACGCUCAAUAGCCGUCAGUAGCAUAUAUAAAAAAUGAUGGGACGGCCAUGGAUGACCAUGGCAGUGCAUGAUGCAAAUAAUUACAACC